AUGGAUCAAAUAAUCAAAUAUGGUGGAAUUGAUAAUAUUCCGUUAUAUAAUUGCAGGUGAGAACUUUUUUGAAUACGGCUCUUUUUUGGAAUGACUUGUUCUAUUCUACAACAAGAGCUGAACAAUAAUUUUAUUAUCAAAAAAAUUCAAUCCCGAAUACCCUCCUAACUUCCUUUUGAAUACAUUAAAUAAAUUAUAGUUCUAUGACCCCUGAAGAAUGGCUAAUUCGAGACGGAAAACAUCAACCAGUUCUUGGAACAAUAAGUCUUGCUUAUGGAAUUCUCAUUGAUCUUCUAUUUAUUCCAACAUUGAUUGCGAUGAUGUCAAGAGACUUAAUAAAACUGCCAUGUUAUAAACUUAUGUUUUUUAUUGGAGUCGUGGAUAUUUUUGCAAUAGGUUAGCAAACUUUCCUAAAAUUUUUUAAAUUCUAUAUUUUACAGGGGUCAACUCAAUAAUCACUGGUUACCUAGCAAUUGAAGGAGCUGUUUAUUGUACUCAUCCUCAUUUGAUAUACAUUUCUGGAAUGGCUGGUCUUGGUCUUUGGUGUUGUUCAUGUCUCGCAAAUAUUAUGCUUCUUGUCAACAGAAUUCUCCAUUUAAAAAAUGCGCGACUUUCGAAUCUUAUUUUUCGCGGAAAUCGGACUUUUUUCAUUAUUUGUAUUCCAGUGAUUUAUGGUUUAUUCUUCGUUUUUUUUACACCGACUUGUGUUUUUUCUUCGAAAUUGUAUGCGUGGUUUUACGAUCCAAAUAUAUUUGCGAAUCGUACUGCGGAAUAUACAAAUUAUGGACAUGGAUUCAAUAAUGUUAUGAUCAUUGUUGUUAUUUGUGUUUUGAACAUUUAUAUUGUUUUCGAUUUGAUGAAAACUUCAAAAGGAGCAACGAAGAAGAAUUGGAAGGUUUGUAGAUGCUUUAAAAAAAUGAACGAUAUAUCCGAAAUAUUCCUAAAUUCAGACUCACUCAAUUCUCUACCAAGCUAUUUUGAUUUGUGUAAUCAAUCAAAUUUCCUCUGGAAUUUACGUGGUGAUGAACUUUGUCGAAAUGCCCCCUUGGGUAACAAUAUUUGCGCAUUAUUUAUGGCAACUCGAUCAUAGUUGCCCACUCAUUAUCUACCUUACUCUAAACCCUACAAUGCGGCGAAGAUUCUGGAAUACACUUCGAAAAAAUUCGGUUGGAACUAUGCCAAGUAGAGAAAGACGAACAGUCGGAGACUACAGUGUUGGAUGA